AUGUCUGCCGGUCUCCCCGGGAUGCCAUGCCGCGAAGUCACACCGGCGAGGAGAGCGGCGGCGCGGGUCUGUGGCUGAAGACCUCGACGGGACGCCGGGCGGACGACCACGCGCCGAAGGAUGUGGAGUCCGGCCGGAGGGCGAUGAACAACGCGGCGCGGGCCGGGGACGGCCUCCUGUCGCCCGGCGCGGCAGGUGCGCCGGCCGCGGAGAGGAAGCAGGGCGCCCGGCUCAGCCUGCUCGGGAAGCCGCUGAUCUACAGCGCGCAGAGCGGCCGCAGGAACGCGAGCUACCGGCGGCUCCAGAACUACCUCUACAACGUGCUGGAGAGACCUCGAGAGUGGGCUUUCGUCUACCACGCGUUCGUAUUCAUCCUGGUGUUUGGAUGUCUGGUCCUCUCCGUGUUUUCCACCAUUCCUGCACACCAGGAAUUCUCUGGACACUGCCUGCUCAUCCUGGAGUUUGUGAUGAUCGUGGUGUUUGGUCUGGAGUACAUCAUCAGGAUCUGGAGCGCCGGCUGCUGCUGCCGCUACCGAGGCUGGCAGGGCCGCCUCCGCUUCGCCAGGAAGCCGUUCUGUGUCAUCGACAUCAUCGUUCUCAUCGCCUCGGUCGCCGUGGUCUCCGCCGGCAGCCAGGGGAACAUCUUUGCCACGUCGGCGCUGCGGAGCCUUCGUUUCCUGCAGAUCCUGCGCAUGGUGCGCAUGGACCGCCGGGGGGGGACCUGGAAGCUGCUGGGAUCGGUGGUCUAUGCACACAGCAAGGAGCUGGUGACGGCCUGGUACAUCGGCUUCCUGGUACUGAUCUUCUCCUCCUUCCUGGUUUAUCUGGUGGAGAAAGAGUUCAACAAGGACUUCGCCACCUACGCCGACGCCCUGUGGUGGGGAACGAUCACCCUCACAACCAUCGGCUACGGUGACAAAACGCCGCAGACGUGGACGGGACGCCUGCUGUCCGCCGGCUUCGCUCUGCUGGGGAUCUCCUUCUUCGCUCUGCCGGCGGGCAUCCUCGGGUCAGGGUUCGCCCUGAAGGUGCAGGAGCAGCAUCGACAGAAGCACUUUGAAAAGAGGAGGAACCCAGCCGCCAGCCUCAUCCAGUGUGUCUGGCGUAGCUACGCCGCCGAUGAGAACUCGGUUUCCAUCGCUACCUGGAAGCCUCAUUUGAAGGCGUUGCACACCUGCAGCCCCGCCAAGAAGGAGCCAGGAGAGUCCACUUACAGCCAGAAGUUGAGUUUCAAGGAGCGUGUCCGGAUGGCGAGCCCCCGCGGUCAGAGCAUGAAGAGCCGUCAGACGUCCGUCACCGACCGGCAGCGCUCGUCUCCCGGCAGCGAGGCUGCGGGCGGCGCUGAGCUGACGGGCGGCAGCCCGGCCAAAGUGCAGAAGAGCUGGAGCUUCAACGACCGGACCCGGUUCAGGCCGUCGCUGAGGCUGAAGAGCCAGACCCGCACCGCGGUCCCGGACGUGGACGCCGGCACCGCGGCAGAGGACUCCUUCGACGAGAGAGGCUGCCACUGUGACGUCACCGUGGAGGACCUGUCGGCGCCGCUCAAGGCCGUCAUCAGAGCCGUCAGGAUCAUGAAGUUCCACGUGGCUAAAAAGAAGUUCAAGGAGACUCUGCGGCCGUACGACGUGAAGGACGUCAUCGAGCAGUACUCUGCAGGACACCUGGACAUGCUCUGUCGCAUCAAGAGCCUCCAGACGAGACUAGACUCUGUAGUGGGUCCUCCUCCGAGGUCUUUCAGCAGCCGCUCCAAGACUGUUUCCUCUCCUUCUCUGCAUUUAUAUUACAGCCAGGCCCGGAGGAACCAGCAUGCACCGGGGGUGGAUCAGAUUCUGGGGAAAGGCCAGAUCCCCGUGGACAAGAAGAUGAGGGACAAGCUGCACCCGGAUGGAGACUCUCUGGAGGGCGUCAGCAUGCUGGGCCGGGUGUGCAAAGUGGAGCGACAGGUGACGUCCAUCGAAUCAAAGCUGGACUCUCUGCUGGACGUUUACCGCCAGGUGCUCCAGAAAGGCCCGGCGGCGCUCACCCUGUCCUCCCUGCCCCUGUUCGAGCUGGACCACCACCAGCAGCACCGCCACUCUGACUACCAGACCUCCGUCACCGGCAGGGACCCCCCGUCCCCCCAGGGAGGGGAACCGGCGGGAGACGGGGGCAUUCGCCGCUCUCUGAGCGCCAACCACCGAGGCCUGCGCCUCAUCCUGGCGCCCGCCGACGACUGCGUCCCGGACUCCGCCCCUCCGUCCUACCCCCCGUCCACGGCCUCGCACUCCCCGUCCCCCCUGCUGCCCCCCGAGAGCCCCUACCCGACCUUGGUGACCCCCAACGGUACCUCCAAAAGAGCGCAGUUCCCCGACCUGCCGCUGCCCUCGACGGACGGGGGGUUCACCCUCCGGCUGCCCCCCGCCGUGCACCCCUCCCACCUCCGGUGCUCCGCCGAGCCCGUCCCGGGUGACGUGAAGGACGAGGGGAGCCCGGGCCCCUCUGUUGUCGCGGGAUCCGGUCUGGACGCCGACCAGGAAGGGGACGGCGAGGCGGGCCCCGCCCAGAGAGGGGCGCCGCUGCAGGAGAAGACCGGCUUGUUACCCGAGGGGGUCUGGAGGAGGCACAUGAGCCUGGAGGUCAACCCCCUGCUGCUGCUCUCGUCCAGCCCGGACGAGACGCCUUCGGACUGGGGGGGCGGCCUCGGGAAAGCCCUCUCCGUGCACAGCCUCAGCCCGCCUUCGACCAACCACGGAGACCUCAGCAACUGGGACGGGACAGAACUCUUCAUCAGCGAGUGCCAGCUGGAGCCGGAGGGAGAACAUUUCAACUUCCUGUCCCCGGGACCCGACGGCGGCCCCUCAGACCUCUUACACACCGCGGGGGAGUCUGGUCCUCACCCCAAGGCCAACGCAGAGUUCCUCAGUCAGGCCCCACACAUACAGCUGGCAUAGCCACACACACACACACACACACACACACACACUUGAACAUGAUUGUGUCCACUUGUCAUGGAGAUUGUAUAAUGUUUUAUACUUUGUAAAGCGUCCUAAAGUUACCAU